UUGGUCUGCUUGUUUUGAUCUGUGGCAAUGGGUGGAGGUUUGCUUCUGUGUGCAGGUUUGCUUCUGUGUGCAGUCUUAUUGCAGCUGUCAGGGUCCCUGCAAGUGUCUGCAGGAAGUAGCCCUCUGAAGUGUGUCCUCGGCUCUAAGCUGUGCAGAGACGCCUCCGAGUGUGUUUCCUACCGACAUGUGUGUGACGGAGAGUCUGACUGCAAGGACGGCUCUGAUGAAGACUUCUGUGCAACAGCAUGCAGCGAAGAUCAGUUCCAGUGUGCUCACGGGAAGAAGUGCAUCGCGAAGCAGCAGCUGUGUGACGGGGUGGCUCAGUGUCAGGACCGAUCCGAUGAGCUGCUCUGCCCAGAGGGGAGCGAGGGCUGCGACCACCGGUGCGACGAGAGCCGCUGCUUACCGAGAACCUUCCUCUGCGACGGGGAGAGGGACUGCGUGGACGGGACCGAUGAGGACAACUGCGUAUCUCCACUAGAGGAACAGGACUCUGAACUGGAUGAAGGGACCCUCCCUACCCCUGCACCCUCCUCCGGCCUCUCGACCCCCAUAAAGUGUGCUCUGGGCUUCAGACCGUGCGUGGACCUGAAGGAGUGUGUGCUCUAUAAACAUGUGUGUGACGGAGAGGCAGACUGCUCCGACGGCUCUGAUGAGCACGAGUGCUCCUCAGCAUGUGAAGCAGAUCAGUUCCAGUGCGCUCACGGGAAGAAGUGCAUCCCUCUGAGCCAGGUGUGUGAUGGCGUGUCUCAGUGUCAGGACCGGUCCGAUGAGAUGAGCUGCACCCAUCAGACGGACGGCUGCAAACACCAGUGUGACGACAACAACCGCUGCCUCCCCAGCAGCUUCCUGUGUGACGGAGAGAAUGACUGCCUGGACGAGAGCGAUGAGGCCAACUGCGUGGAUGAAGGCUGCAGUCCCACAGACUUCACCUGCUCCAGUGGGCAGUGUGUGUCGGCUCAGAUGUUGUGUGACGGACACCCGGACUGCGGGGACCGGUCGGAUGAAGAGAGCUGCGUCGCGCCCCCCGUCUGCAGCACCAAGCACCGCUGCCCCCUCAGCAAGGAGUGCCUGGUGGAGGAGUGGAUCUGUGACGGAGACCUGGACUGCAAGGACGGCUCCGACGAGAAGGACUGUCCGGUGUCUGCGGAGAUCUGUGGGAAGUUUCAGUGGUCGUGUAAAUCCAAGACGAAGUGCAUCCCUUCCUCCUGGAAGUGUGACGGCACGAAGGACUGCCACGACGGCAGCGACGAGAGCGAAUGUGAGGUGUGGUGCCCCUCCCACCAGUUCCCCUGUGGCAGUCAGGGGUGUGUGUCCUGGUCUCUUGUGUGUAACGGCGUCACUAACUGCGCCGACGGAUCAGACGAGGGCGGCAGCUGCAGCUCUCUCUGCGAGGACACCCGGCGCUGCUCUCAGAUCUGUUUCAGCACGCCGCAGGGACCGCGUUGCGGCUGCUCGUUGGGCUUCAGGCUCCUUCCGGACGCUCUGAGCUGCACUGAUGUGGACGAGUGCGAGUCCAGCAGCCCGCCCGUCUGCAGCCAGCUGUGCAUCAACACCGAGGGGUCAUACAGAUGUGACUGUGAGCAGGGAUACAUCAUGGAGGCCGGAAGACACCACUGCAAGAUCACCGGCGAGCCCUUCCUCCUGGCCUCGGUGCACACGGACAUCUUCCUGUACGGUCUGCGCAGCGGAGGUCUGGACAUCUUGUCCUCGUCGGCUCAGAAGGCCAUCCUGUCUCUGGACUACGACUGGAGGCAGCAGAGGGUCCUGUGGGUCAGCCUGGACACAGAGGGCAUCCAGUGGUCCUCCCUGGACCAUAAGACCAGCGGGACCCUCAUCAAAGGGCUGCGUGCGGACUCUGUGGCGGUGGACUGGCUCGGCAGGAACCUGUACUGGAUCGAUGGCGUGAACGGAAAGAUCUCUGCCAUCAAACUGAGCUCAGAACCAGUGAAGUCCUCGGACCACAGCGUGAUCCUCGAUGAAGACCUGGACCUGCCUCGCUCUCUGGCUCUGCUUCCUCAGAAAGGGCUGAUGUUCUGGACGGAGAUCGGUAACGUGCCGAAGAUAGAGCGCUCGGGGAUGGACGGUUCUGAGCGGAGAGUCGUGGUGAACUCCAGUCUGGGCUGGCCGGGCGGCGUGGCUCUGGACCCGAUCUCUGAGAGGGUCUACUGGACCGACGAGAGGCUGAGGGCCAUCGGGUCCACCACGCUGGACGGAGAGGACAUCCGGAUCCUGCAGAUGAAGGAGACCACCAACCCGUUCUCGCUGGCUGUUUUUAACGACAUGCUGUACUGGUCUGACGCUAAGAAGAGAGUUGUGUUCGCUGCUAAUAAAAAUUCUGGGAAAGACCGAGAAAUCGUCCUGAAGAGACUCAAUCAACCUUUCAGCGUGAAGAUCAUCCACCCGUUGCUUCAGACGGGCUUUGAGAGUCCCUGUGAAAACAUCGUCUGUUCCCACAUGUGUGUUUUGGCCCCGGGGCCCAAAGCCGUGUGCAAAUGUCCCCCUCGUCUCCUAUUGGCUGAGGACGGCCUGACCUGCUCCAGCCUCGUCGACUCUGACUUCCUGUUGAUGCUUUCGCCCUCCACCGUCACUCAGAUCUACCUGCAGUCCAGACACUCCUCAUCAGAUCUGAAGGGCUGGCCUGAACACGUCGCCCUGCAGGUGCCCAGCGUCAACGAGGCGGCUAUCUUGGACUUCAACCUCCGAGACGACACUUUGUUUCUGACGGACGAGGCCACGACUUCCCUCAGCUCUUUCAAACUCAAGGGCUUAGACCUGUCCUCAGAGGGCGUGUUCCUGAAGCUUCUGGGUAACUCCAUCACUGCCAUGGCUGUGGACUGGAUCACAGGCAGUGUGUUCUGGAGCAGCAGCACGCAGACCCACCUGCAGGUGACCUCCAGCACCGCGGCCCACACCGCGGUCCUCCUGAAGGAAGGUGUUGAGCGGGUGGGGUCCAUCGCCCUCCAUCCUCCCACUGGAAUAGUGUGCUUCACUAACCUGGGUCUGCAGGGCUCCACGGUAGAGUGCUCCAACAUGGACGGGGAUCAGAGGAAAGUCGUGUGGAAAGAUGCCGAGCAGCCCACGUCUCUGGUGUUCUCCAGCAGCGGGGACUCCAUCUAUUGGGCCGACACCG